AUGGGAGAUCAGGAUGCAGGUGAACCCUUCCUGGGGACAGCCACUGACUCUGAGGGAGCUCUGCCCUCGGACACCGUGUCACUCAGUGAUUCUGACUCUGAUGAUUUGGGGUUAGCAGAUGAAGCAGAAGUUGAUACGAUAUCUCCCGAGGAGCCAUCUGUAGAUGAUGGGGAUGGCAGGUCAGGGGAGACCCCUGUCUCUUCAGACAGCACUCACAGACCUCCUGUCCAGCCUUUCCACCUGAGGGGCAUGAGUUCUACCUUCUCUCUCCGGAGCCAGAGCAUUUUUGAUUGCCUGGAGGAGGCAGCCAAGUUGUCUGUGCCCUCCCUGCCUGAAGACAAUGUUAUUGAUGGGAGGUUUAAGCGUCCACUGCCUCCAACCACAGUUUCAGGUAGUGUGGUCCCAGAGAGGCUGGGAAAGCAAACCAGAGCAGUGCAGGCUCCCAAAACCUCUCCUGCAGUGCCUGACUACGUGGCACACCCGGAGCGCUGGACCAAAUACAGCCUAGAUGGGGUUUCAGAGUCCAGUGACAAGACUAACAGGGCAGUGGCCAUGGAAUUUCUGUCAGGUUUGAAGAAAAGAGGGGAGGAACAAAGCUCAGCUACCCAAGAGAGCUACACCCCAUCCUUCAACCAGGACCCUUCCAGCUGUGGAGCUGGGAGGAUUGUCUUCACCAAACCAGCAAAAAGGGGUGUGGAUGGGCUGGAAAAGAAAACCUCAGCUGGGGAGGAUGAUAAGAAACAUGUGAAAACAGAUCUGAAAGGAAAAUCUUUCAAGAAGACUGAUGACUCAAGGGAGGAAGAUAAGGUUGAGCUGGGACACUUAGAUAGUGGCAAUGGGAGGGCAGCAGAGGAGGAGGAGGAGGGUGUGAUGCUGGGGGCUCUGAACGCAGCAGGGCAGGGCAGUGCAAGGUUCAGUGGCCCAGGGGAAGAGCCACUGGUGGAAACAGUUGGGUUCCAUUGCAGUAAGAAGAAGAACAGAAAGAAUUUCCGACCUAAAGCAGAUGAUGAGGGGGAGGAGGAAGAGUCCUGA